CUGCAGUUGAAGCACAAAGCCUGAGAGAGCUUAGUGAGUUUCUAACAGCAACCGUCAGACAGACCCUCCCCCCUUCAGAAUCUUUGCUUCGUUCCCAGACAGAACCCUCUCCCACAAUCACAAAAAGGAACAUCAAAACCAUUACAUUGUAUCGAGUGUUUAGACCACAAGUUGUGGCAUUUCUGAUAGAAAAUUGCCCAUUCUGCGGAACGGCGCCAAAACGAGAAGAAAAAUCACUGGUGAUAACCAAGAAAAUUCAACUGCUCCUACCAAAGAAACUCGGAAUUCACCACAAAAUGGCAAAACAAGCAAAAAGUUGGAAGAAAAGACCUACGACCGGUAACGGCAACAAACUCCUACUCACUAAUGCUUCUAACCAAAACGUCACUGACAACCUGAAGAAUUCACGACGACCAAGUAAUAAUAAUGAUAACAGUAAUCCAAAACCGUCAUUGACGAUAACGCUAAAUGCUAACGACGACGAUACCGACACAAAAAGCUGUUCAGUCGAAGAAUUAGGCAAAAAGAGCCCGGAGUUAUCACGUAUUUCGAUCACGGAAUAA